AUGUCUGUCGCAACAUCGGCUGACCUUGCGAUGUCUGAUUUGGAUACUGCCUUUGCAAACUAUGAGCCAGAUACAGAGCUCGAGAAGAAGUUGGUGCGAAAAUUGGACAAAUAUAUAUUACCGCCGCUGUGGUUGAUGUGCCUUCUGGCAUUCAUUGAUCGAAACAAUAUUGGAAAUGCUAAAGCAGCAGGCAUGAGUAGAGAUUUGGACCUCUCGAGCUCCCGAUAUGCAAUGCUGAUCAAUGUCUUCUUCAUUGCCUACGUGAUUCUUGAAGUUCCUUCUAACUUGAUUCUUGCUCGGUUUCGCCCUUCGUGGUAUCUUCCCGCUCUCAUGGUUGCAUGGGGCUCUUUGGUAGCUGGGAUGUCGCAAGUUCAAAGCUAUCGAGGAAUCCUGGUAAUUCGCUUCUUUCUGGGACUUAUAGAAGCUGGGUUCAUGCCAGGGGUCAUGUUAAUCAUGUCCUGCUGGUAUAAAAAGAACGAAAUUGGGAAGCGAUUCUCUAUAUUCUUUACUGCAAUAUGCAUUGCUGGUGCAAUCAGUGGGUUAUUAUCUGGAGCCAUUAUUAGCGGCCUUGAGGGCGUACAUGGUAUGACAGGGUGGCGCUGGCUCUUUCUUCUGGAGGGUAUCAUAACCAUCGGAGUUGCUGCUUUUUGCAAGUUUAUACUCUUAGACUAUCCACUUUCCACUCGUCGGCUUACUCCAGCUGAGCGCCAGCUAGCUUAUGUCAGGAUUUUGCACGAUAAACAGGAGAAUACCCCGACAGAGAAGCAAAUGAGCAUCCUUCAAUCGCUAUUUUCAGCAAUGGCCGACCCGAGGACGUACUUCUUUAUCGUUCUGUAUCUCCUUAACAACGGGGUUGCCACAAUUUCCUACUUCAUUCCUACUGUCAUCCAGGAUAUGGGCUACCGCGGCACUGGUGCACAAUGGAUGACUGUUCCCCUUUGGCUCGUGGCAACCGUUUUCCUUAUCCUGGUUUCCCUUUCAUCUGAUCGCACCCAGAAUCGGCAGUGGCAUAUUGUAUUCGGACUUACGCUCGCCACAAUCUCCGGAAUCAUCAUAGUGACCGUGAAACAAACCGCCCCUCGCUACGCCUUCAUCUGUUUCUAUGUGUCCGGUGUAUUUUGUGCGUUCCCUCUGAUAUUGACCUGGACAUCAGAGACUAUGGCACAGCCAAUAGAGAAGCGAGCGGUCGCCAUUGCUUUGGUCAAUGGAGUUGGAGAUCUUGCUGCUCUGUAUGGCAGCCGUAUGUGGCCUGACUCUGAUGCACCGGACUAUAAGCCUGGAUUCACAGCUAUGGUUGCUAUGUGCGGUGGUGGCGCGCUGAUUACAGCCAGUGUGCCAUUUCUUUUCAAUAGAUAUCUCCCGAGCUUUCCUAUCCAAGCCCAGCGCAGGAUCCAGCUGGUUGAAGGAAGAGGUGUGCCGGAGGCAGAUAUGAUGUACUUGAUGACAACUGGAUCCCUUGGCCUACCAAAUGUCUAUAUUCUCACGGAUGAUCAUGAAGCCUAA